AUGGCAGGUAAGGACUGGUUCUACGCGUUCAAGAAAAGAAAUCCUAAUAUUUCACUUCGUAGACCUGAGUCUACUUCCAUUAAUAGAAUCACUGCCUUUAACGAAACAGAAGUGAAAAUGUUUUUCAAUAACUUGGAAUCACUGCAAACAAAAUAUCAAUUUGAUGCCAAUCGCAUAUAUAAUGUUGAUGAAACCGGCAUUUCUAACGUGCAGAGAAAUUCCAGGAUACUAGCUUCAAAAGGCCAAAAGCAAGUCGGUAUGAUAUCUAGUGGUGAAAAAGGAACUACAAUAACAGUUGUUUGCGCAUUCAGUGCCUCAGGGAAUUAUAUUCCUCCGUUUUUCAUUUUUAAGAGGAAAAGAAUGAAUGCUCAAUUGUUGCAUGGAGGCAAUUCUGAUAUGAUAGCAGCAGUUAGCGAUUUGGAUUGGAUAAAUGAAAACCUCUUUGUUGAUUGGUUACAUCAUUUUAUCUCAAAUGCAAAGCCAUCUGUUGAAAAACCAAUUCUACUUGUUUUAGAUAACCACGAAAGUCACGUUAGCCUUGCUUGCUAUCUGCUUUGUCGCAAGAAUGGAAUAAUAAAUACUGUUAUCUCUUCCACCGCAUACGUCACAUCGAAUGCAACCUCUGGAUUUAACAUACUUUGGACCCCUCAAGACUGCAUAUAA